AUUUCCAAUUAUCCUUCAGAAGAUGGUGAGUUCUCGCAACACACUUUCGCUGUGAACUCAGAGCAGCCUGAACAGCGGCCGUACCAAGAACAAUUCAGUGGUUCACCUUCUCCUCUUCUUCUGUUCUCUUCUAUCUGUCUCCGAUAUUAGAAAAUAUGGAUAGCCUAACCCUAGUUUCUUCCCCAAAACUAGUAUUGGGUCACUCUCCAAGCAACCCUAGACACAUCUCAUACGCACACUCUUCCUUUUCCCUCCCCCUUCUCUUCAGGAAACCCAGAAAAUUUAUUGCUGCUUCCCAAUCUGGAGCCUCCCCAAGAACCCCCAGACAUGUAGUAGAGACGAAGCUAGGGACAGAAUGUUUUGCAAGCAUUUCUUCAAGUAGCCAAGGAACUUCUUCGGUUGGUGUUAACCCCCAAUUUUCACCACCGCCCCCAUCGUCAAACAUAGGGUCACCUCUCUUUUGGAUUGGAGUUGGUGUUGGGCUCUCGGCACUCUUUUCAUGGGUGGCCUCAAACUUAAAGAAAUAUGCAAUGCAACAAGCUUUCAAGACUUUGAUGGGCCAGAUGGAUUCACAAAAUAACCAAUUCAAUACUACUGCUUUUUCACCAGGAUCGCCUUUUCCAUUUCCAAUGCCCCCACCAUCAGGGCCGAGCACCUCACAUUCAGGGCCAACAACCUCACCAUCAGGGCCAACUACCUCACCUUCUACAGUUGCAGCUCAAUCCAUGGUUACUGUAGAUGUACCUGCAACCAAAGUAGAGGCGCCACCAGCUACAGAUGUCAAAGAUGACAUUGAAAAGAAGAAUGAACAAAACAAAUAUGCUUUUGUAGAUGUUUCUCCAGAAGAAACGCUGCAAGAGAGUCCUUUUGAAAAUCUUGAAGAAUCAACUGAGACAAGUUCAUCCAAGGAUGCACAGUUUUCCACAGGAGUUUCUCAAAAUGGAACUCCUCCCAGGCCAGGCAUGGGCGUUUCUGAGGAUUCUCAAUCUACUCGAAACACAAAUCCUUUCUUGUCGGUGGAUGCUCUGGAGAAAAUGAUGGAAGAUCCAACAGUGCAAAAGAUGGUUUAUCCCUAUUUACCUGAGGAGAUGAGGAACCCCACUACCUUCAAAUGGAUGCUACAAAAUCCACAAUAUCGUCAACAGCUGCAGGACAUGCUAAAUAACAUGGGGGGAGGUGCUGAAUGGGACAAUCGAAUGAUGGAUAACCUGAAAAAUUUUGAUCUCAGCAGUCCUGAGGUCAAGCAGCAAUUUGAUCAAAUUGGGCUUACACCUGAAGAAGUUAUUUCAAAAAUUAUGGCCAAUCCUGAUGUUGCCCUGGCAUUUCAAAAUCCAAGAAUUCAAGCAGCCAUCAUGGAUUGUUCUCAGAACCCUCUGAGUAUUGCAAAGUAUCAAAAUGACAAGGAGGUUAUGGAUGUUUUCAACAAAAUAUCGGAACUCUUCCCUGGAGUAUCAGGUCCACCUUGAGUCUUAUAGCUCAUCCACAGCUGCACUUUUUUUGGGCUAGAUGCACUCAUUCUUGUUUCUGGAUUGGUACUUUAAUUAGCAUUUCAAAGGCUGCAGCAUCAUACAUGCUUCCAAUCUUUCUCAUGGCCAUGUAUGACAAUGAACUUGGCUUUGAAUGUCAUCUUCAAAGGAAGCACCUAAAUCCAAGUACAGGCCUUCCAAAAGGGAAUGAGCUGUAUCCUUUCACUUUUAGGAAAAUAUGGAUUUUGCUAGUUGUGUUGAGUAGUUGCAUAGUUAAUCUCCUUUCUGUCACCUGAGUUUGAUCCUGUAUGUCUUCAAAGAAACCAAUGUAUUCUUCAUACAAACAUCUCCAUAAAACAGUAAAUUGAAACUUAUCAUCCAUAAAACAUCUCCUUUUCAGGUUUUUGACCCUAUAUGUAGUUUAUUUUAUUUGCU